AUGGCGAGCUCGCCGCCAGCUUCGCCAGGCACACUGCCUCCGCGGCCACUGAGCGCCAUGGUCCGCCCAGCGCCGAGAAGCAACAGCCGCAUGAGCGUCGGCAGCAAGACUGGUGGAGGAAGCAGAGCAUCCGAUGAAGACACAAAAACGUCGGUGAGAGUUGCGGUUCGCGUUCGCCCGCCACUUGGGCCGAACGACCCAGGCUUUGACCUCAUACCGCAGCGGUUCCAGCGGUCUAUGGUUCACGUCCAGACGCCCACAAGCCUUUCAAUCGAUUCGCCGCAGGGUAGGAAGUUGUUCGUGUUCGAUCGAGUGUUUGGGCCCGAGGUGGACCAGGCCGGUGUGUGGAACUAUCUAGAGGAUUGCGUCAACGCCUUCGCCCAGGGAUACAAUGUCUCCCUCCUCGCCUACGGCCAGUCAGGCGCCGGCAAGUCGUACACAAUGGGCACAUCAGGCCCCGAAGAGCAAGAGGAUACCGAGAUAAUGGGCGUCAUCCCGCGCGCCGCCGCCGCGCUCUUCGAGAAGCUGGAAGGCUCCAAGGGCAACCCAAACCGCAGCUCCAUGUCACAGCUCCGUGCACCAAACCGGUAUUCCACGCAGCCGGCGGGCGCAUCGCGGGCUGAGAAGAGCUGGAGUCUGCGGGCAACUUACGUCGAGAUCUAUAACGAGCAGCUUAGAGAUCUCCUGAUACCAGAACACGUGCCGACGCACGAGCGAGGCAGCGUCACGAUCCGCGAAGACGUAAAGGGCAAUAUCAUUCUCACCGGCCUGAGGCAGAUUGAGGUCAACUCGGUGGAGGAUCUGAUGGGCGCAUUGAACCAGGGGUCGACGCUCCGACAAACGGACGCAACGGCCAUCAAUGCACGGUCGUCACGCUCUCAUGCCGUUUUCAGUCUCAAUCUGGUGCAGCGGAAGAGCAAGCUGCAAACGGCGCAGGGCGCCGAGAAGCGGUUUUCGGUACCGCUCGAGGCCAUGACGGGUGCGGAGACGUGGGUCACGACGGACAGCAAAAUGCACUUUGUGGAUUUAGCCGGCAGCGAGCGUCUCAAGAACACGGGCGCACAGGGGGAUCGUGCCAAGGAGGGCAUCUCGAUCAACGCCGGGCUGGCGGCGUUGGGCAAGGUCAUCUCGCAGCUGUCGUCGCGCCAGCCCGGAUCGCACGUGUCGUACCGGGACUCGAAGCUGACGAGGCUGCUCCAGGACUCGCUGGGCGGCAAUGCCAUCACGUACAUGAUUGCCUGUGUGACGUCGGCCGAGUUCCACCUCAGCGAAACGGUCAACACGGUGCAGUAUGCGCAGCGCGCCCGCGCCAUCCAGAGCAAGCCGCGCAUCCAGCAGGUCGAGGAGGGCGACAAGCAGGCCAUCAUUGACCGCCUCAAGGCCGAGGUAGCCUUCCUACGUGAGCAGAUGCGGAGUGCUGAACGCGGCGGGGGCGAGCGGACGGGACGCACCCUGGCCGCAGGUGAGAGGUCCGAGCGGCAGAGCGAGCGGGAGUUCGAGCUCCAGAACCAGCUACUGGACUCGCAGGAAAACUACUCGACCCUGAGCCAGCGGCACGCCAAGCUCAUUGCCGAGAUGGCAAGGGCCCGAGACUACGAGCUCGCCGAAAGCGAACGCCUCGACGACACCCUGGGCGACAGCGCCACGGAGCGGCUAAAUCGCUCCAUCCGCUUCACCCAGGACGUCGAGCAGGUCGUGCUCGAGUACGAAAAGACGAUCCAGUCCCUCGAGCAGUCGCUUGCCAGCACCCGCGCCACCCUGUCCAACACGGAAACCUCGCUUCUCGAAAAGGAGUCCAAAUGCGCCUACUCGGAGACCAUCACCUCCCAGCUCCAGGCCCGACUGCACAAGCUGAUGGAGCGUGAGGCGAGCACCGAGAACUACCUUCACGAUCUCGAGGCCAAGCUGGACGGCCACACUUCCGGCGAGGAGAAGAAUGCCACCAUCAUCAUGGAGCUGCGCAAAGAGAUAUCGCGUGUGCGCGAGAACGAGGCCGCCUGCGAGGACUACAUCUCCACUCUCGAGGAGCGCCUCGCUGAGGCUGACCAGGACGCCGAGCUGAUGCAACGCGAGAUUGACCGGCUUGAACAGGUCGUGGAGCGACAGCGCAGCCUUGGUAAGCUGGACUCGCUGUUGUAUGACCUCGAUCACAUCCAGGAUGCAGCGCCGCCAGUCGAGCCUGAGCCCAGCCUGGGCAACGGCGCCGGCCACCGGCGCACGGCCAGCCGGACCUUGGCGGACCACUCGCGCAGCCAGAGCCACGCGAGUCGCAUGAGCCACAUGGAGGAGCCGAUCCCUGAGAGUGGCGAGGAAGAGGAAGACCUCGCAGAGGCGGGCGUAGAGCGCGAGAUGUUAGCUGACGAGCAAAAGCUUGCUCGUGAAGCAACACCUAAGGCUUCGCAGUCCAAUCUCUUAGAGAGUGGCUAUGACGCGACCGAGUACCCCCCAAGCCCGGCGCAGUCCAAGUUUGUCGCCGACAAGCUAGAGUCUAUCACUCAGGAGCUUUUCGACCUAAGGGUAGAGCAUGAGGCUACGAUCAACGACUACGGCAUGCUCCAUUCCAAAUACGAGGACACCGUCCGCGCCCUGCGGGAGCUUCAGGAUGCUAUGGAUGAGGCAAAGCACCCCGGACGGAUACGGGACUCGAUGCUCUCGGUCAUGUCGCCCGUCGACACCAGACCACAAUCUUACUUGUCAGACGCAAGAUCCAGCGAGACCAGAGACGGCACGCAGUUCUCGUCGCGCUCGCUCUCAUCCGAGUUGACAUCAGCCAUGCAGUCUCCUGCUACUAUGUUGGACAGCUCCGACGCAGAAACGGCUGUGCCAAGAUCCGACUCCCGCCCAGCCACCCCGAUUAGAGAGAAUGGCGCGGCUACGCUUGCUUCCGAGCUCAACCGGCUCAAGUCUGUUGCUGCUGAGAAGGCGUCUGCGGAACGAGAGCUCUCCCAGCGCUAUGCGCAGCUGGAGGAGAAGCACCAGGAAGCCCUUGACAUGGUGGAAGAGCUGAAGACUGAGGUCGCCAAAGCGCACCAGGCAGCUGCCAAUACGGAAGCUUCAUCGCCGCGGGGUAGCACUCCUGUGAUCCGCCGCAAGUCCAGCCAGAACGUCAUGAUUAUCGACCGAGCUCACCGAUCCUUUGCCUCGCUCCGUAACAUCGCCGCGGAGAACUUUGAACACCAGCCAGAUGUGAUGCAAAAUUUCGAACUCAACCUGAACGCUGCCAUGCAUGAGCUUCACGCUAGAUCAGAACGGAUUCAGGAGCUUGAGGCGGAUGUUGCGUCAGCUAGGAAGGAGAUGGAGACCAAGAUGACCAUCAUUUCCGGGCUCACCCGUGAACGCUCCAGCUUGAAGGCGUCCCCAAUGGACAUGGCCGUUGUGUCAAACUUCCGUGAGCAACUCGAGAAGAGCGAGAAGCAGAUGAAGAGUUUCCAGGAUUCACAGGCAGCGCGCGAGCGGGAGCUGCAAGCUCAAGUGGCAGAGCUGCAAGAAGCACUGAAGCAGAUUCCCGCACCUGCCGAAACUUCUAUUUCCGCUGCCCACGAAGACUCCUCGGAGGAGCUCGAGGCGCGGGCUAAGCGGGUCUCGGAACUCGAGGCCGAGUUAGUGAGCUGGGAAGACCGGCACAAUACGGCAUUGCAGACGAUGCAAGCCGCAGAGGAGGAUAUGAAGAAGACAAUCACAGAGCUGGAGGGCCAGGUCGCCUCCUUUACCGCACAGCUUGCCGAAGUCGAACGGAGAAAGCCCGAGGACGACCAGAUCGUCAAAGAGGCCGAGCUCGAGCAGCAGAAGCUGGUUAACCUUCUCCGCACUGAGAUUGACGAGCACAAGGCGGUCAUUAAUCAAACCGCAGCAAAGGUGACAGACGCUGAGCAGCAACACGCCGCUACCAGGGCUAUUCUUGAGGUCGCCGCCAGAGAUCGCGAUCUUGCUGUAAGUGAGGUUGAGAGCCACAAACAGUUAAUGGCUAGGCUCGAGGACCAGAUCGCCGAGCAUGAGCAGACUGUUAAGGCCCACCAGGAGAGUCUGCACGACCUUCAGAUUAGGCACUCCACAGAGCUCGAAGAAACCAGGACCUUUGCGAAGCGAGAGCACGACUCUCAGCUGGCGGCCCUCAAGGCCCAGCAUGCCAACCAGGUCAAGGCCCUCGAAGGCGACCUGACCGAAGCCCACGAGGACCUCAUGAAGGUCGCCACCCAGGUGGCAUUCGCCCUGGGGCUAGAUGUCAGCGUCGAGAAGAUCACGGCGCGUAUCGACGACCUAAUUGCGGACCAAAAGGCAUUCAGCCAAGAACAGCGCAAGUGCAAUGAGCUCGAGGGCCAUGUGGCAACUCUCACAAGCAUCAACGACACCGUGAUGCGCGAUCUCGAGGCCGUCCGGGCGACGCUAACCGAGCUGUUAGCUGCCGAAGAGGAGAGAGAGGCCAAGGAUACAUUCCCGGUCAAGGAGCAAGUCGCGUUGGUCAAGAAAAAGGUUACGGACCUGGAAAAGAACAACAAGAAGAACUCUCGCCUCGUUGAGGAGCUCGAGGACCAGCUGCAAAACAACUUUGACCAGGCUCAGCUGACAAACAACCGGCUGUCGACCCUGCAGACGGAGCGAAAUGUGCAGCUCGAGGAGGCGAACGCUGCCAAAAUCAGGCUGCAGUCGGAGCUUGAAACCAUCAAGGAAGAAUAUGCUUCCCUUCAAGCCAAGUACGACGCAGCUUCGGUCGAGAGCCCCCAGCGGUCCAACUCUAUCAACUCGCACUUGCGCAAGAGCGCGUCAGUGGCAUCGCUUCCCUCUCCCCCACCCGCUAUUCCCCUCCCCCCACUGCCUUCUGGAAGCUCGGGAGGCAAUGCCUCAGGGACGCCCGGGUCGCCCACGGGCAGGCCCGCAAGCAAGGACAUAGCCAUCUCGCAAAUCCAAGAAGACCAGGAGGCGCGCAUCCGGCUCAUCGAUAAGCACCUGAAGGCAGAGAAGCAGUUGACAGCGACGCUCGAGGAGGCGCUGACGGACCUGGAGCACCAGCAGAACAAGAUGAAGGCAGACUUAGACGCGUGGCGGCGCCGCGCCUCGGAGCUCGAGUCGGAGCUCAAGGAGGUCAAGGAGAAGCCGCAGCAGGACAACCGCUGGAGCCUCCAGCAGGUCGAGGAGGAGCGCCGCAAGCGCCACGACGCAGAGGUCGCCCGCGCCCACCUUGAGGAGCGCAUGAACACCAUCUCCAAGAAGAAGAAGAAGAGCAGCCUCAACUGCUUCUAG